AUGCCAAUCGCGGCGCUUCCGCCGACGACCGCUCGGGCGAUCGGCUCGGCCUCUGUCAUUUCUGACCCUUGCUCGAUUGUCAAGGAACUGUUGGACAAUGCCCUCGAUGCAUCGGCUACUUCCGUGACCAUUGAGAUCUCCCAGAAUACGGUUGAUGUAGUUCAGGUCAAAGACAACGGGACCGGCAUUCCUUGCGAGGACUAUCCGUUCGUAUGCAAACGCUCCUUCACAAGCAAGAUCCAGACCGUCGAAGACCUCCGACAUGUCGGAGGAACAUGGCUGGGCUUCCGCGGUGAAGCUUUAGCUAGUGCCGCCGAGAUCUCUAGCAGCUUGAUCGUCACCACAAGAGUUGAGAGUGAAUCUGUUGGGUGCGCCAUCAACUAUGGCCGAGAUGGGGAGCUUAUCAGUACACAACGCGUGGCACACCCGGUGGGGACAACUGUUCGUAUUGCAGAUCUUUUCAAACACAUACCAGUGCGACGGCAGACUGCCUCGAAGAACGCCGCAAAGACGCUGGUGCGGAUCAAGAAGUUGGUACAAGCCUAUGCCUUGGCCCAGCCCUCGAAACGACUGGCUUUAAGAGUACUAAGAGCUAAAAAUGAGAGCAACAACUGGAUGUAUGCUCCCGGGCAGGAUGCGACUCUUUCUGAUGCGGCCUUGAAGGUGGUGGGUAAAGCCGUGGCCUCUAACUGUCUGGUCAAAGAGUGGGAGGGCGAUGUUCAUGGCGCAGAGGGAGAGAGCAGGCUCCACUAUCAGCUAGUCGCUCUUCUCCCAGACCCGGCCUCAGAUCUCGCUCGGACCAACAAUUCGGGCCAAUAUAUCAGUAUCGACGGUAGGCCGCUGUCGGCUGCCAGGGGCCUUGGUCAGGACAUUGCAAAGCUGUUCAAGUCAUAUAUAAAAGCCGCAGCAACUCGUCGCCAGAGCUUCUCAAAUAUCACCGAUCCCUUUCUAUGUCUGCAUAUUCGCUGCCAUGGAGCGAUAUAUGACGUCAAUAUCGAGCCCGCGAAGGAUGAUGUCUUGCUUGAAGAUCCUCGGAAGCUACUUUCGCUCGUGCAAGAUAUGCUCAGUGACGUCUACGGAGCAGAGAAUGGACGCGUUGAGGAAGCACAGUCGCCGCGGAAAGGAAAAGCACCGGUCACAGAAUCUAACGGAUUUGACUUGCUUUUGGCCCGCAAGAGCCCGACCGAGGCUGCUCCAAGCACAGCGGCCAACGGUCGGCCUUCGGCCUUCGUUACAGCACACUCAAUGUUGAAGGCCACGCCACCAUCUACAGCUGCAUCUUACAGAUCUAACGCCGACAGCGUAAGACGGAAGCGUCUGGAGACUCUGAACCCGUGGUCUUUUACGAAACUGUAUGUGCCGAGUGUUGGACCCUCCGGAAACUCGCCGCAAACCCAGUCGUCCUGUCGCGGAGUCACCGAGGAGAACAUGGCGGACAGCCGUAGAAACUCAUUGGAGUCGCCUCUUCCCAGCCCGUCUGCAUCAAGCACGAGCACUUCGACAAUCUCCCCAUCGCGAGCUCAGAUCUCACCGAUCCGGCUACAGGCUUCGCACAGCCCUCCUGAGCAUGGUACUCGUGACAACUCAAAACGUGCGAUGCGUGAACGUGAUAGAGAACGCUACGGAAACGGAUCGCUCGACACCUGGUUUGGGAAAACUACGCAAGUUGCGUUGUCGCGAAUGGAACCCUCCGAGCAGACUCGGGAGAAUUCUGAGGAGCCAUCGCUGGCAGAACUUGCAGCCCAGCGAUUUGAGACUUCCGAUAAUAUAACUCAAGAGCCACAAACCCCAGCCGAAGAUGUACCUGACAGCUCCACUGCAGUGACAGGCUUGUCGCAGGUCAUGGAUCGGCCCCCACCAGCAACUGAGGAUAUGGAGGUUCAGGGCAACAAUCGGGGACUUCCAGUCCUGGAACGAUGGUCGUCGAGACUCCAUCAAUUAUCCAAAGACAGCCACAAUGAACUGGAGAAGGCAUUAGACUUCGAACGCCGAAAGCGAGAUGCUAUACAGCAGCGACGGAAACAGCUCCAGAGUAGUCACGCAGUGUCCGCUUCUCGGUCACCGCAUCUGAAUCGAUACCUCAAUGCAAGGGCUGCUCUCAGCGCUGAUACCCCCAUCAACUCAAGUCAGAGUAUAACCGAUCUGGAACAGACAAACAAAUCGAUGCUGUCUCCGCAUGAUCCGAGAUCGUACCUUAUACGCUAUCGCGCCCAGAGCGCUACCUCGGAUGAGACGUCAAAACUCAAACGCAUCAGUACAGGCAAAAUGCCACUUGAGAGUAUACCCGACGAAUAUGCAUUGUACGAUAUAGGCAUAACUGUGCCGAUGAAUAUCCCGCAUCUCUCAGAACUGGUCAAGGAGAUGGCUUCGGAUGGCCUAUACAGAGAGUCCGCAACCGAGUCCGACGGUUCAAGUUUCUUCGCUCCAGACUCACCAAUUGAAGUCUGGACUCAACGAUUAAAUGAAUUGAUGCAAGCUAAAUACUCAGCAACUAAACCGGAUGUCUUCCCUUUACAAUUUGAUUUCUCGGCUCUAAGUGAACAAUCUAACACACGCCAAGCCUGA